CCUGUGCAACUUCAUACGCUCAUAUCUCAUAUCUGUAAUCUGUAGUAAAUAUAUAUAUAUAGAUAUUCAAAUUAAUCAAAAUACAUCUCAUAUAUUAUAUUAUACGAUUGUUGUGUCUUUGUGUCGCUGAGAUAAUACAUGGAGGAUCAAGGGAAUCAAAGCCAAGCUCCACCGCGACGCGAUGAAGCGGAGGCUCCUAAGAACGAAGAAGAAGUGUUGAUUGAAAAUGUUAACAAGCUCAUGGGAUAUAUUACUUCGGCCCCUGAUAACCCUAAACCCACCGUCCUCCAUGCCCUUGCCUCUCUUCUCGAAACCCAAGAGUUACGAUAUAUGGAAGAAAAUGGUCAUUAUUCCUCCAGUAAUGCCCGUGCUGCCCAUAACAUUGGCCGUCUUGGGGGUGUAAUCCGGGAAAACGAUGAGUUCUUUGAGUUAAUAUCUUCAAAGUUUCUGUCGGAAACUAGAUACUCUACUUCUGUUCAAGCUGCUGCUUGCAGACUUCUCCUAUGCUGUUCCCUGACUUGGAUUUAUCCUCAUGUUUUUGAAGAAUCCGUCAUGGAAAACUUCAAAGAUUGGGCGAUGGAUGAUAACGCGAAAAUGUCUGCUGAAGAGCAAAAUCUGAAGCAUACUCCAGGCACAAGAGAGGCCACAGAUUCCGAGAUGUUGAAAACCUAUUCUACUGGACUCCUUGCCGUGUGUUUGGUCGGCGGAGGUAAACUAGUGGAAGAUGUAUUGACAUCAGGCUUGUCAGCUAAGCUUAUGCGUUAUCUUCGUUUGCGUGUGCUGGGAGAGACAAGUAGCAACCAGAAAGAUAUUAUUCAUUUAACAGAGAGUAGGCAUGCAUCUGGGAAUGCUUCAGUGAGGGGUAGAGAUGAUGGUCGUGGCAGAUUUCGCCAGCUCCUUGAAUCAAGUCAUUUAGAUGAUACAAGGAUGAUUGAUGAGAGGUCCUUAGAUGACCUAACUCUUAACUGGGGUCCAGAUAGAAGCAUUACUGGACAAACUUGCCAAGAAGAUUCUUGGAUAGAUGGUGAACCACCUGAUGGGCUAGGUGAAGGUGUUGAUAUCUGUGAUGUAGAUUCUGACGGGGAGGAUAGAUGGCGCUCUAGAGAUAUUCGUGAUGGAAGGAUAAAAUAUGGUGAGCAUGACGACAAUGCUAGAGGUGACUCUCCAAGGCGGCGUUCGAACCGUGGAUGGGGAAGAUCCAGAGGGAAAGGAAGGGUCAAUGAAGGGAAUGUAGAAAGUGAACCCAUUUUGUCAUCUCCAGGUUCUGGUAGUCGAUUAGGACAAGGGCGGAGUGUCAGAGAUAGGAGCAUAUUAAGAAAUGCUGAUGUUAGGAGGGUGCCUGAUUCUAAGAAGACUCUUGCCAGGACCACUUCUGAGGCUUAUGCUUUCGAAAGAGAGGAUAAUGAUGAUUGUUUCCAAGAGUGCCGUAUUGGAAGUAAAGAUAUUUCUGAUCUUGUCUGGAAAGCAGUCCGAGCUGCUGAAGCAGAAGCUAGAUCAGCCAAUGCACCUGAAGAAGCUGUCAAAGCAGCUGGCGAUGCUGCUGCUGACCUUGUUAAAACUGCAGCUUCGGAGGAAUAUGAAUCCACCAAUGAUGAAGCAGCAGCUGUUUUGGCUGCUUCAAGAGCUGCAUCAACUGUUAUUGAUGCUGCAUCUGCAGUUGAAGUUUCAAGGAACUCUGCCUGCAUCAAUACUGAGGCAGAGAAUGUGAGUGGCAGCGAAACAGAAUCUGGUGAGGGUGUUGAAUAUUACUACAUUCCAGACAUUCAAUCACUUGCACGGUUGAGGGAAAAAUAUUGCAUUCAGUGUCUUGAGUUACUUGGAGAAUAUGUAGAAGUUCUUGGCCCUGUGUUGCAUGAGAAGGGGGUAGAUGUGUGUCUUUCACUUCUGCAGCAGAAUUCUAAACAUCGGGAGGCAUCCGAGGUUGCUUUGCUGUUGCCUGAUGUCAUGAAGCUAAUUUGUGCUUUGGCGGCACAUAGGAAAUUCGCUGCUUUAUUUGUGGACCGUGGAGGAAUGCAAAAGCUGCUCGCUGUCCCUAGAAUGGCUCAAACUUUCUUUGGCCUUUCUUCUUGUCUAUUUACUAUUGGUUCUCUUCAGGGGAUAAUGGAACGGGUUUGUGCUCUUCCGUCAGAUGUUGUUUAUCAUGUGGUUGAGCUGGCUCUCCAACUCCUUGAGUGCAACCAAGACCAAGCCCGGAAGAAUGCAGCAUUGUUUUUUGCUGCUGCAUUUGUUUUUCGAGCAGUUCUUGAUGCUUUUGAUUCCCAGGAUGGAUUACAGAAAUUGCUGGGCCUUCUAAAUGAUGCUGCUUCGGUAAGGUCUGGAGUAAAUUCUGGUGCCUUGGGUUUAUCUAACUCAGCAUCACUUCGAAAUGAUAGAUCAUCAGCAGAAGUGCUGACAUCAUCUGAGAAGCAGAUAGCCUACCACACUUGUGUUGCUUUGCGGCAAUAUUUCAGAGCACAUCUCCUUUUAUUAAUGGAUUCCAUUCGUCCAAACAAAAGCAAUCGUAGUGCUGCUAGAAAUAUUCCAAGUGUAAGGGCUGUGUACAAGCCGCUGGAUAUUAGUAAUGAGGCAAUGGAUGCAGUAUUCCUACAAUUACAAAAAGAUCGGAAGCUAGGUCCUGCAUUUGUGAGAGCACGUUGGCCACCAGUUGAGAAGUUCUUGUCAUCUAAUGGGCAUAUUAUUAUGUUGGAGUUGUGUCAGGCCCCACCCGUGGAGCGAUAUCUGCAUGAUCUGCUUCAGUAUGCAUUGGGUGUUCUCCACAUUGUUACAUUGGUACCUAGCAGUCGUAAGAUGAUUGUAAAUGCAACAUUAAGCAAUAAUCGUGUUGGUAUAGCGGUAAUUCUGGAUGCAGCAAAUAUUGCUAGUAAUCAUGUGGACCCUGAGAUAAUUCAGCCGGCAUUAAAUGUUUUAGUCAACCUUGUCUGCCCUCCUCCUUCAAUCAGCAAUAAACCACCUGUAGUUACACAAGGUCAGCAGUUUGCUUCUUCCCAAACCUUAAAUGGUCCUCCCUCAGAGACUAAAGAUAGAACUGCCGAACGUAAUAUCUCAGAUCGAGCUGCUCACAUUACCAGCCAGAUUGAUCCUAGGGAGAGGAAUGGGGAGUCCAGUGCUGUAGAUCGAGGCAGUGCUGCAGUACUUAGUACACAAUCUGUUAAUAGCAAUCUGCAAACUCCUGUUCCCGCUGCAACUUCAGGAUUGGUUGGCGACCGAAGAAUAUCCCUGGGUGCAGGAGCUGGUUGUGCUGGACUCGCAGCACAACUGGAACAAGGAUAUCGUCAAGCAAGAGAGGCUGUCCGCUCUAAUAAUGGUAUAAAGGUUCUUCUGCAUCUCCUCCAACCGCGCAUAUAUUCAUCUCCUGCUGCUCUGGACUGUCUUCGUGCUCUAGCAUGUCGAGUCCUGCUUGGAUUGGCCAGAGAUGAUACUAUUGCACACAUAUUGACAAAGCUUCAGGUUGGGAAAAAGCUGUCAGAACUGAUUCGGGAUUCAGGCAGCCAGACACUUGGAACAGAGCAGGGUAGGUGGCAAGCUGAACUUUCCCAGGCUGCAAUUGAGCUAAUUGGGAUUGUGACUAAUUCAGGGCGUGCUAGUACAUUAGCUGCUACUGAUGCAGCUACUCCUACAUUAAGGCGCAUAGAAAGAGCAGCUAUAGCUGCUGCCACUCCUAUUACUUAUCAUUCAAGGGAACUCUUGCUCCUGAUUCAUGAACACCUACAGGCAUCUGGGUUGACACAAACUGCUUCUGCGUUGCUUAAAGAGGCUCAGCUGACUCCUUUACCAUCAUUGGUUGCUCCGUCUUCUCUUGCACAACAGCCCACCACACAGGAAGCUUCAACACAAAUUCAGUGGCCCUCUGGUCGUACUCCUUGUGGAUUUCUCACUAACAAAUUAAAGUUUAAUGCAAAGGAUGAGGAUGCCGGCUUGAAAAGUGAUGCUGUCUCUGCAAAGAAAAAAUCACUGGCUUUCUCAUCAUCUUUUGGUUCACAUUCAAGGCAUCAAACUGUUGAGACUCAGCAGUCAUCAGUCAGAAAAUGGUUAAAUUCUGGUAAAGAGUCUUCAGAAACAAGUAUAGUAGAGUCUCUAUCCGAGUCUUCAGUGAAACAUAACAUUGAUGCUGGAUCUGUGUGUAAGACUCCGAUGCUAUUGCCAACAAAACGAAAGUCAUCUGAUUUAAAGGAUAUAGUAAUGUUUUCAUCAUCUGGAAAGCGACAAAAUGUUGGGGAUCAAGGACUUCGCACUCCUAUUUGUUCAAGUGCAAGUCGUAAAAGCAGCCUGCAAACUGAUGCUGUUGGGCUUUAUUCACCAACCUGUAACCUGAGAAGUCAACAAGGCCGCUGUACAGCUGACUAUGGGGAUGACAAUCAGUGUACUACCUCAAAUCCAGGUCAGAUAUCCUCCCAAGUAUUAAAUGACCUUCAGUCCAACAAUCCUGAGCGUGUAUCAUUAGAUUCUCUAGUUGUUCAGUAUUUGAAGCAUCAGCAUCGCCAAUGCCCAGCUCCCAUUACCACUCUUCCUCCGCUAUCCCUUCUACACCCGCAUGUUUGUCCUGAACCUAAGCGAAGCCUUGAUGCCCCGUCAAAUGUGACAGCUCGGCUUGGGACACGUGAAUUUAAAUUUAUAUAUGGUGGAGUGCAUGGGAAUCGCAGGGAUCGUCAAUUUGUUUACAGCCGGUUUAGGCCAUGGCGCACUUGUCGAGACGAUGCUGGUGCCUUAUUAACAUGCAUUACAUUUGUUGGUGACUCUUCUCAUAUUGCUGUUGGGAGCCACAAUGGAGAGCUUAAAUUUUUUGACUCCAACAACAACAAUGUGGUGGAGAGCUUCACAGGUCACCAGUAUCCUUUGACACUUGUUCAGUCUUUUGUUUCUGGUGAGACCCAGCUGUUGCUUUCUUCAAGCUGCCAAGAUGUUAGGCUCUGGGAUGCAACAUCGAUUUUAGGUGGUCCUAGCCAUUCAUUUGAAGGGUGCAAGGCUGCCAGGUUUAGCAAUUCUGGGAACAUUUUUGCUGCCUUGUCAUCAGAAUCUGCACGACGGGAAAUACUUUUGUAUGAUGUCCAAAAAUGUCAGUUAGAGUCAAAGUUGUCAGAUACAUUUGCAACUUCUACAGGGCGGGGUCAUGUUUAUUCUUUAAUCCACUUUAGCCCAUCUGACUCGAUGCUGCUUUGGAAUGGUGUCUUAUGGGAUCGCCGGGGCUCUGGGCCUGUUCAUCGCUUUGAUCAGUUCACGGACUAUGGGGGUGGAGGCUUUCAUCCUGCUGGCAAUGAGGUUAUUGUAAACUCUGAAGUCUGGGAUCUGCGCAAGUUCAGACUGCUACGUAGUGUACCUUCAUUAGAUCAAACAGCCAUAACAUUCAAUGCACGUGGUGAUGUUAUAUAUGCAAUCUUAAGGAGAAAUCUUGAGGAUGUGAUGUCAGCCGUCCACACACGUCGAGCCAAGCAUCCUCUCUUUGCAGCUUUCCGCACAGUGGAUGCAAUCAAUUAUUCUGACAUUGCUACUAUCCCUGUGGAUCGCUGUGUUCUUGAUUUUGCAACUGAGCCAACAGAUUCAUUUGUUGGGUUGAUUACUAUGGAUGAUCAAGAAGAGAUGUAUGCAUCAGCCAGAAUUUAUGAAAUUGGUCGUCGGAGGCCAACUGAUGAUGAUUCUGAUCCUGAUGAUGCUGAAAGUGAGGAAGAAGACGAGGAUGACGAUGAUGCUGAUGUAGAUCCUCUUUUAGGUCCUGGUCUUGGUGGCGAAAGUGGGAGUGAUGCUGAUGAUAUGAGCAAUGAUGACGACGAUGAUGAUAGUGUAAGUGACCCCGAUGAUGAUGAAGAUGGAGAUUUCAUUUUAGAUGAUGCAGACUUUGAUGGGGGAACUGGCUUAUUGGAGAUUGUGACAGGUGAUGAGGAUGAUGAUGACAGUCAACUACUUGAAUCUUUAAGUAGUGACGAAGAGGGUUUUGUGGGUAAUGGCUUUGGUUAUUAACUGUUAAUCGAAGAGCUGUAAUUAUUAUUUCUUUCUUCAUUAUAUUAAUUUUUGGGCGAAAGGUGUAUUUUUUGGCUCAAAAUUUUGCUGUUGCCUUUUACAUUUAUGCCCCCUGCUAACUAAUUAUUAUGGUAGAAGGUCCAGAAGCACAAUUGUACAUAUUUCAAAACAACAGUUUUCCUGAGAGCUACCACGUGGCUUUAUUUUUUUUCUGUGUCGGAUGUUUGAAACAGAGAUGUCCAUGCUCGUGGUAAUAACGUAUUAUUGAGAAAGACGAGAGUCCCAAAA